GUACAAGGAGAGCGCUCCUUUUAAGGAGUGAAUGGGAGUCAAUUGGUUGCUAGCUCAAAAACCUAACAUUAGCAUGUAUUUCAUGAAUAAGAAGCACAUUACAAAUAUUUUGAGACGUGAUAUAGUUAAUUUAUCUGUAAUAUCGUAUAGCUUUGUAAUCGUGACAUUAUGUACUUUAGAGGAAAAUAGGCAGGUUUGUCGACUCAGCCUGACAACUUCAACGCGAUUAGUCGACAGUCUGCUGGAUGGUGCCUUAUACGUUGAUAUCUCUUUAUUUCUUUAACAUCUCUGGUUAAAGUAUUCUGUCCAUCCCGGACUCAUUCACAUUGUAGCUAUCGUUUUCUAGUCGGAGGCAUUUAGGAGUUGAAAAAUCACUUCCGGCAAGUAACUUGGAUGGUAAAGGUUAAAGGUAGCCUUGCUCUGAUCUCAAAACAUUCACAUUGGUGCGAUAUAUCCGAGCAAAUUCUGCAUUGACCUCGCCUGCUUCAAAGUGUUUAAAGAGGAGGAAUUCAAGAAAAGCGAGAUGAAACAGCAAGACGUUACUGCUCUCUCAUCCAAGUAUUAUCAAAUCUUUGGUAUGAUACAUAGCUAGCUACUUACACGGUUUUGAACGUUUACUUGCUAGAUAACGUUAGCGAACCUCAGUUAAUGCGUUAGCUCGGUGCCACCAAAUAUAGAACAAAGUUGCAAAUCGAACCCAAACGUUAGUACAGACAAAUAAUACGAACUAGUUUUCAAGCGACUUGUUAGCUAGGUGCUGUGAAAGAAUGGGUUUUAGUUAAUAAACGAGUUAUCAACCACGCUCAAUUGAGCUUUUCAUGUGAGCACUGGAGCUUGUUUCGGUAUUUUAAUGGGAGGCGGGCUGCGUUGGAGUGCAUCUAGUGGGCGACACUUGCGGAGGUGCCGGCGACCUGCUAGGCUUGGAUGGAGUCGCUUGCCGGGUACGUCUACAAAGCGGCCGCUGAGGGCCGAGUCCUGACGCUGGCCGCCUUGUUGCUCAACCACUCCAAGCCAGAGACACGAUAUCUACUGAGUUACGUGACCCACCUCGCCGGCCAAAGGUCAACUCCUCUCAUCAUCGCAGCUCGAAACGGACAUGACAAAGUUGUGAGGCUGCUGCUGGAUCACUACAGGGUGGAUACUGAACAAACUGGCACAGUCAGAUUUGAUGGGUAUGUCAUUGAUGGGGCCACUGCUCUGUGGUGUGCAGCUGGCGCAGGACACUUUGAGGUAGUCCGCCAGUUGGUGUGCCACCAGGCCAAAGUCAACCACACCACUGUCACCAACUCCACCCCCCUGAGGGCAGCCUGCUUUGACGGGUGUCUGGACAUUGUGAAAUACCUGGUGGACCACCAGGCCAAAAUCGGCAUCGCCAACAAGUACGACAACACCUGCCUGAUGAUUGCUGCCUACAAGGGCCAUACGGAUGUAGUGGGCUUCCUGCUGGAGCAUGGAGCUGACCCCAACUCCAAGGCCCACUGUGGGGCCACCGCCCUGCACUUUGCUGCUGAGGCGGGCCACCUGGACAUCGUUAAGGAGCUGGUGCGCUGCCAGGCUGCCAUGGUGGUGAACAGCCACGGCAUGACACCGAUCAAGGUGGCGGCGGAGAGCUGCAAGGCGGAGGUGGUGGAGCUGCUGUUGUCUCAUGCCGACUGUGGCCCGCACAGCCGCAUCGAGGCCCUUGAGCUGCUGGGUGCCUCGUUCGCCAAUGACCGGGAGAACUAUGACAUCCUCAAGACCUACCACUACCUGUACCUGGCCAUGUUGGAGCGCCACCGCAAUCCCGUCACGCUCAUCGCCAAGGAGCUGCUUCCGCCCAUCGAGGCCUACAGCGGCCGGUGGGAGUGCCGCACCCUGCAGGAGCUGGAGGCAAUCCGGGCAGACCGCAACGCGCUGCACAUGGAGGGCCUGAUGGUGCGUGAGCGUAUCCUGGGCUCGGAUAACAUCGACGUGUCGCACCCCAUCAUCUACCGGGGAGCUGUGUACGCCGACAAUAUGGAGUUCGACCGGUGCAUCAAGCUGUGGCUGCACGCGCUGCACCUGCGUCAGAAGGGCAACCGCAACACGCACAAGGACCUGCUGCGCUUCGCCCAGGUCUUCUCCCAGAUGGUGCACCUGAAGGAGCCGGUGGGGGCGGAGCCAGUGGAGCAGGUGUUACACUGCAGCGUGCUGGAGAUCCAGAGGAACAUCGCAAGGAUGGAGGCGGCGCCUGAGGCCGAGCUGCACACGGCCAUGGACAACUGCGAGUCCAAUAUGUUCACCUUCCUCUACCUGGUGUGCAUCAGCACCAAGACUGUGUGCGGCGAGGAAGCACGUGCCCAUGUAAACGAGCAGAUAUACAACCUGAUCCAGCUGGACCCGCGUUCACGGGAGGGCUUGUCCCUGUUGCACCUGGCCAUCAGCUCCAGCACGCCUGUGGACGACUUCCACACCAACGACGUGUGCAGCUUCCCCAACGCUCAGGUCACCAAGCUGCUGCUGGACUGCGGUGCGCAAGUGAACGCGGUGGACCACGAGGGCAACAGUCCUCUGCACAUCAUCGUCCAGUACAACCGGCCUAUCAGCGACUUCCUGACACUGCACGCCAUCAUCAUCAGCCUGGUGGAGGCGGGCGCCCACACUGACAUGACCAACAAGCAGAAGAAGACGCCACUGGACAAGAGCACCACAGGUGUGUCGGAGAUCCUGCUCAAGACCCAGAUGAAGAUGAGCCUCAAGUGCCUGGCGGCACGUGCCGUGCGCCAGCACCAAAUCACCUUCCGCAACCAGAUCCCUAAGACCCUGGAGGAGUUUGUGGCGUUCCACUGAUCCACCUGGCCAAGGAGGCUUUUUAAACCAUUAGACAACUUGUGUUCUAGUCAUUUUUUUAUAUAUAUUUUUUAUUGUUUGAAUUUUCUAUCAAAUCAAAAUGGUGCUUGCUGCUGAUGAUGAUUAGGAACAGUCGGAUGCAUUUUGUGUUUUAAAACAAUGGUUCCUUUUUUCUGUUUUAAGUAUGAAUCACAAGUACCAGCAGCAUCACCCAUAUUCUCAUUCUUCCACAUCUCUCCCACUGAAGUGUUACGGUCUGUGGCUGUCAUUGUGACACAGUGGGUGUCAAUAGCAGAAUGAGGAAAUUGUUAGCCUGCUUUGAGCUUUCACUUUCCCAGAGUGUUCCAAAGAGACUACCUGGCAAAGCCAAUCAUCCACACAAUGGUGACAACAGCAGGACCUUUUGGCUGCUUCUAGUGCAUGGACCCAAUUGUCCCAGACUCCCAGCUAGGUUCGCAACCAUGAAAAGUAGCAUUACUCUAUUGAUUCAUUUUGCAGGUUGCCUGUUGAAGUGGUGUUGUGAAGAGGAGAUGAGAAGGUAGUAGUUGAAUUUAGAACUUUGUACUUAAGAGUUUGUUUUUUCAUAACCAAUAUAAAAAAAGGUUUAAGAGGUGUGUGAUUUUUGUUUUGUACUUAAAAAUAUAUGUAUAAUGAGCUUUCUUUUACAUGAACACUGACUGGUAAAGAUGUGCCUUAUUUUAUAUUUUGGAAUAAUUAGGCCUAGAUAUCCCUUGUAACCAAGUCACCCUUGUAACCAAGUCACCAACACGUGGGUUGUUGGCCAUCCUGACUUGCUUGGCUUCUGUGUGUGGAGACUCCACGGCUUUGGUUGAGCAUUGCCACAUAAUGGCCGUUUUUAAAUGGAUUCUGCUGGUAUUGAUGUUUGAGCAUGUCUUCCAUUCUCCGUCUUUUGUUUGUGUGUGGGUACGCAUGCUAAGCGAAUGAGAGAGGGACUGUGGAGUGUUUGUGGCGGUGUUGAGUGUAGGCCUAUAGCCUAGGCUUUUCCACUCAUGCUUGCAACCUGUCGUUUGUCCUUAACAACUAACGAUUCUACUAUCUGUCAUUUUGUGUGUUCGAAACGGAUGAUCAGAGAUUUAAAGCUGAGAAUGAAAGGUGAUUUGAUUCAAGAUUUUCAUCCAAGUAGAUCAUAGCGUGGUGUUGUACAACUGAAAAUGCUAUAUUGAUUUGACCAGAUUUGACUUAACUGUGUGGCCGUAGGUUUUUAUUUUGGGGGGCUUGAGUGGAGAUUGUAUGUAUUUUGUGUUUGAAGUGAGUAGUGGACUGAGAUGCAAAUUAGCCUAAAGACAGUUUUAACUCAGUGUUUCUUCAUCAGUUUACGUUUGUCAGAAAUACCAAUACCAAAUGUUUUGACAUUGGUCCAAGAAUGUAAUGUGUAAAUGUAACAUUUUCUGACAUCCAAGAGGGCAGUGUCAAAAUUGGCCCAAUGUCGCAUGCAAUGACCCACAUGUCACGCAUACAGAUGGCUUCUGGAUUGAGUCAGAGCAGUGGGCUUAAAUCUUAACUGAUAAUUCCACACAAACACACCUAUCAUUGCAUAUGGAAUCUGACCAAUUCACCCUGUUGCUAUACAGAUAUUGCUCAAUCGUUAGGAUUUUUCAAUUUCAUGUGAUCUGAUGGAAUGUGUGAUAACUGGUAGAUCUUUUCUGAUGGAUAUCAUAGUCAAGGUGUCCUAUUUGAGUAUUUUAUUUUUAAAUUCAUUUUUUACCUCCCUUCCCAAUUUCGUGAUAUCAAAUUACGAUCUUGUCUCAUCGCUGCAACUCCCCAAUGGGCUCGGGAGAGGUGAAGGUCGAGUCAUGCGUCCUCUGAAACAUGACCCGCCUAACCGCGCUUCUUAACACCUGCCAGCUUAACCCGUAAGCCAGCCGCACCAAUGUGUUGGAGGAAACACAAUCCAACUGACAAAUGAAGUCAGCCUGCAGGCACCUGGCCUACCACAUGGAGUUGCUAGAGUGCGAUGAGCCAAGUAAAGCCCCUCUGGCCAAACCCUCCCCUAACCCGGACAGCACUAAGCCAAUUGUGCGCUUUCCUAUGGGAUAAAACUGUCUGUCGUAACAUUCAAUUAUCAAUUAAUUUAAUUAAUUCUUGCAACAUGCAAUCAAUGAUCAGUUCUUAAGAUGUCUUUUCCUUAUCUAUACUGUCUGCACCAUGAUCUAUUUAGCCUGUGCACAUAUGACAGACAGUUGUUGGUGGGAGCAGGUCACUGGAAGAGCGUGUAUUGAUCCUGCUGUAGAAUUAAUUGCGGCCAGCAGUUCUAACGAAUGAGUCACUCAGAAAAACAAAUCAUGACUCUCUCGAGUCAGUAGAAAUGGUUGUUUCAGUGGAAGGGCUCAGCACAGCAAGACUGGUGUGCUUUUUGGCCAAUGGCGAAGUGGGAUAAGGGCACCGAGCUGGCACCCACAUUCUCAUGUCUGGGGUGUGCUGGGGGUCCCUGAGAGAUGGGGCUGAAGCAGGUCCACACUGUUACCAUGGUUACCGCUCUUCUGGCGUCUUCCCGAUAGCUACUUGCUCCUCCUCAUCCUCCUGCCUGUUGAAGAAGCCCAGCUGGGAAGGCAGAGAGAGGGAAAGAGUGAAACCCAGGGGUUAAAGCAAAGAAAAUCACUCAAUCUCAGAUUGAUUGUCUGCGGGGCCAAGUUAACCUCCCCUUUCAUGUAAAAAAGUUAUGACCAUUAUGUUGUUAGGAAAAGAGUACUGUUAAAUGAUCUUUUGUGCAUGUAUUAAACUGAAAGUUUGACCAAUUCCAGUCCUUUUCAAUAUAUAUAUUUAUAUAUAUUUUUUAAAGAAUCCAUAUGACGAAAAUCCGUCGCAGUGACAGAGAACUUGAGCCCCUGGAAACCAAAACACUUAACCAGGUGUCUCCAGGCAGCAACAUACUGGUAACCACUAGACCUUUUCAACAAAAAAAAUUCUUUCUGCAAGGCAAAACAGUUUAGGAAAUGCCUGAGAGCAUUUCACUAUCUUUCAAUUAUAUCAGUGUUAAACCAUUUCAUAACAGCAGUGAAAGUGUAGAGUGCAGGUAAUCAACUUUAUAGAUGUAUUCAAAACCCGUAUUCCACAUUUUGUUGUUACAGCCUGAUUUCAAAAUUGAUUUAAUGUAGUUUUUUUCUCACCCUUCUACACACACAAUACACCAUAAUGACAGUGAACAUGUUUUUAGAAUUUGUAGCAGAUGUAUUGAAAAUAAAAUACAGAAAUGACAAAUUUACAUAAGUAUUCACACCCUAGUGAAUACAUGUUAAAAUAACCUUUGGCGGCGAUUACAGAUGUGAUUCUUUCUGGGUAAGUCUGUGUUACACAACAGCCAUAGAUAUUCAAGCUGAUUUAAGUCAAAACUGUAAGUAGGUCACUCAGGAACAUUCAACGUCAUCUUGGUUAGCAACUCCAGUGUAUAUUUGGCCUUGUGUUUUAGGUCAUUGUCCUGCUGAAAGGGGGAAUUGUCUCCCAGUGUCUGGGAAAGCAGACUGAAUCAGGUUUUCCUCUAGGAUUUUGCCUGUGCUUUGCUCUAUUCCGUUUCUUUUUCUCCUAAAAAAACUCCCUUGCCGGUGACAAGUGUAACGGAUGUGAAAUGGCUAGCUAGUUAGCGGUGGUGCGCGCUAGCAGCCUUUCAGUCGGUUACGUCACUUGCUCUGAAACCUAGAAGUAGUGGUUCCCCUUGCUCUGCAAGGCUUUUGUGGAGCGAUGGGUAACAAUGCUUCGUGGGCGACAGUUGUUGAUGUGUGCAGAGGGUCCCUGGUUCGCGCCCGGGUCGGGGCGAGGGGACGCCGUAAAGUUAUACUGUUACACAAGCAUACCCAUAACAUGAUGCAGCCACCACCAUGUUUGUAAAUAUGAAGAGUGGUACAGAGAUGUUCACAAAUCUUUGAGGUAGAGGUCAAGAGUUUUAGUGCCAAGUCCAAGUCAAGUCUCAAGCACCUUUUGGCAAUGGCUUUCUGCCUGCUGUGGGUUAGGUCUAUAAACCUAGUAAAUGAUUUGAAGAGACUCCCUUGGUCAUUAGUCCAUACUUGUAUGAAAGAAAUCACAUCAGGCACUAUUUCAAUCAAAAUAAAUGUCCUUUUAAAAUGUAGACAGUUUACAUUAAUAAAAUGACUUUAAUAAAAGUGAGUGUCUCCUGA